ACAAAUGUGUGGUACUAUUGUGAAAAAUGCAGCCUUUCUAAAAAUUGUGUGUUUGUGUUACAGCAUGGGUAGGAGGGUUUCUCUCCAUCACUUUGAUCAGUUUGCUGGCGUUAGUUGGGGUGGUUUUGAUCCCACUCAUGAACAGAGUUUGCUUCAACUUCCUGCUGAGCUUCCUGGUGGCCCUUGCAGUGGGAACUCUGAGUGGAGACGCUCUCCUCCACCUCAUACCACAUUCUCAGAGUCAUCACCAGCACGGCCACUCUGAGCAUCAUCACCACGGUGAAGAGGUGGAAGAGGAUUCCCUUCGGCCGGUAUGGACUGGGCUCACAGCUCUGAGUGGAGUCUACAUCAUGUUCCUCAUCGAACACUUCCUGACCCUCGGCAAAAUGUACAAGGACAAAAAACAGAAGGUGCAAAAGAGGGUUGAUUUCACCACAGAAGUUUUGGAAUCUGAGAAACUGCCGUCAUUAGAAGACAAUGAUGUCAAGACGAUUGAGGGUAAUGCUGAAACAAAUGGUGGAAGUGCAUGUGGGCGGGGUGUUGCAGAGGAAGAGGAGGUGAUGUUGGGGGCAGAGCUCUACAAUGAUGUUGACUGUGAAAACAAAUGCCACUCCCACUUCCAUGACACUGUUGGCCAAUCAGAUGAGCAACAUCAUCAUCACCAUGACUAUCACCACAUACUGCAUCACCACCACUCCCAGAACCACCCCCCGCACACACACACGCACCGACACACACACUCCUACUCGCUCCAGCACUUCCAGGAGGCCGGCGUGGCCACGCUCGCCUGGAUGGUCAUCAUGGGAGACGGGCUUCACAACUUCAGCGACGGACUUGCCAUAGGGGCGGCUUUCACUGAAGGUUUGUCCAGUGGUCUUAGUACCUCAGUCGCUGUGUUCUGCCAUGAGCUUCCUCAUGAGCUUGGUGAUUUUGCAGUCUUGCUGAAGGCGGGUAUGUCAGUACGACAGGCCAUCCUGUACAAUCUGCUCUCAGCCCUGAUGGGAUAUUUGGGCAUGAUCACAGGCAUUCUGAUUGGUCAUUAUGCUGAAAAUGUUGCUACAUGGAUCUUUGCUCUCACGGCUGGGUUGUUCUUGUACGUCGCUCUUGUGGACAUGGUACCGGAGAUGUUACACAAUGAUGCGAGUGAAGCAGGCUUCAGUCACUAUGGCUUCUUCCUCCUGCAGAAUGCUGGGAUACUCCUAGGCUUUGGCAUCAUGCUUAUCAUUGCUGUUUUUGAGCAGAAGAUACAACUUGACAUUGGCUUCUGACCUGAGGACCAUGCAAUAACAAGUUAAAAUGUUAACAAGAACAUCACUUCUAAAAACAUCACUCCACAAAAACAUCUGCUAACCUUGCUCUUUGACCCUGAAUUUUGCUUACCUGGGGUCCACCUGUUGAAAUGUCUGAGAUCUGAUUUAAUCUGUGAAAAGGUGGCAGCAACUUAAUAUGCACGAAUAAUUGUCAUCUUAUUUGUGGUUUGUGGGAGUAAAAGUAUUUGUUGACUGUUACAAUUUUUAGUAUAAAAAAGAAACUUGAGCCACAUUAAGAAUGUGGAGGUGUUUUAUUUUUGUUAGUGUUGUACAGUUGCUAUUGAAGCGAGUUACAUUUGUUCAUUUUGCACAUGCUGUCUCUCCAACAUUCCAGUAAAGUAUUGAGUGUCCCAUGA